AUGAAUAAGUUUUUGUGGGAUUUAACGUAUUUCCAACAAAGAGCGAUUCUUGCUCCAACUAAUGAAGUAGUGGAUUCAAUAAAUAAAGAGUUGUUAGAGAGUCUACCCGAUGAAGAAAAGGUUUAUUUUAGUUCAGAUAGUUUAUGCCAAUCGGAGGAAGAAUCAGAGCUUAAUAUGGCAUUGUUUCCUCCUGAUGUGUUAAACAAUCUUCGUUUAUCUGGUUUACCUAACCAUAAAUUAGUACUGAAACUUGGUGCUCCGGUGAUGUUACUCAGAAACAUUGAUCAGGCAAAUGGAUUGUGUAAUGGUACACGUUUACAAGUCACGAAGCUUGGAAAAGUUGUGAUUGAAGCAAAAAUUAUCACAGGGACUAAUAUAGGUCAUCAUACUUUGAUUUCAAGACUGAAGAUGACACCUUCAGAUAAAAGAAUAACAGUGAAGAUUUCUCGAAGACAAUUCCCACUUUCACUGUGUUUUGCUAUGAUAAUAAAUAAAAGUCAAGGACAAUCAUUGGAGUGUGUUGGUUUAUAUCUUCCACGUCCAGUGUUUAGUCAUGGCCAGCUUUAUGUUGCUGUAUCUAGAGUAAAAAGUAGGAAGGGGUUGAAAAUUUUGAUUUGUGAUAAAGAGAAACGAGUCUGUACAACCACUACUAAUGUGGUUUACAAAGAAGUUUUACAAAAUCUAUGA